UGUGAAUGCGGGGGGAGAGUCGACCAAUCAAGCGCCGAGCCGGGCGGAGUCUACGAUCGACCAACCACGACCAGUUGGACCCCGCUCGAAACCGUAGUGACCCAGUUUGGUGCUUUUUUUUUUCUUCCUCUCCCUCCUCUUUUUUCUCUUCUACCAUUGACAUGAGGUUCAACGCUGAACGCAGACGUGAAGGGGUUUCCAGGGUUCCCGUCUCCUCGUCGGACUUUCACGCCACAGCCGGAAACACGAAGGACCGGAGGGCCAACGCGCGCUUGGGUUGGAGCUCCACUCGAGGGCCGUUUUUUGCGGAGCCAUUUGCGCCUCCUGCGUAAUUCCCAGCGCAACUCUUAUUCUGAUCACACAGCCACCAGACCGCGAGAGCAGCCGGAGGGGGUGGGGGGAAAUGGAUGUUCAGGAAGGGUCUGGACCAGGGGACGGUGUGCUGGACUUUUCCCGUUUGGGUCUGAACAGUCUGAGUGUUGACAGCGUGGGCGAGGAGAGGAGGAACGAGACCAAACAGCUGUAUCUGAACAACAACCGGCUGGCCUCGCUGUCUCCAUCCAUAUGCCUCUUCUCGAACCUGGAGUUCCUGGACAUCAGCAACAACCAGCUAUCCGUCAUCUGCGAGGACGUAACCAGGCUGGUCAAGUUGAAAACGCUGAUAGCCAAGAACAACCGCCUGGACGAGUUCUCCCUGCCCAAGGAGUUCGGCGCCAUGCCGCUGGAGGUGCUCAACUUCAGCGGGAACCGGUUCGAGGAGAUCCCGCUGCAGUGCACCAAGCUGCACCGUCUGCAGUCACUGUCGCUCGGCGGCAACCGGCUGAAGAGCGUGCCUCCGGAGAUCGAGAACCUUACCAGUCUGGAGCUGCUGUAUCUGGGUGGCAACUUCAUCUCGGCCAUUCCUCCAGAGCUGGCCAACCUGCCCUACCUCAGCUACCUGGUCCUGUGUGACAACCGCAUCCAGAGCGUUCCUCCACAGCUCACCAGGCUCAAUUCGCUGCGAUCUCUGAGUCUUCAUAACAACCUGCUGACCUACCUGCCCCGGGAGAUCCUCAGCCUGGUACAACUGCAGGAGCUCAGUCUCCGCGGCAACCCACUGGUGGUGCGUUUCGUCAAAGAGAUGACCUACGACCCCCCGUCGCUGCUGGAGCUGGCCGGGCGUACCAUCAAGAGCCGGAAUGUUCCGUACCAACCCUGCGACCUUCCCUCGAAUCUGCUCCAUUAUCUGGACCUGGCCAGCAAGUGCCCCAACCCCAAGUGUGCGGGGGUCUACUUUGACUCGUGCGUGCGCCACAUCAAGUUUGUGGACUUCUGUGGCAAAUACCGGCUGCCCCUCAUGCACUACCUGUGCUCCCCAGAAUGCACCUCCCCCUGCAGCUCCAACCCGCAGAGCGACGCCGAGUCGGAGGAUGAGAGCAGCGUGCCUGCCGACCGCCUCCAGAGGGUUCUGCUGGGAUAGGAGCAAGGGUGGGAAAAAUCAACUGCACCUCAGGUUAUGCCCAAACCCCUUUUUUUGGUCUUUCCCUCCCGUUUGAACACUUUCAGCUCACCGGCAUACCUGGGCACACUCAUCUCUACACACAUAUGGAUGGACAUGAACACAUACACGCAUCUUCAGAAACACAGAAUGUAAGACCGGUGAAGAAGGCCUCAAGUUCCUUUUUUCCCUUGGCAUUUUGGCUGAUAUGUGCAGGUUUAUUGAAGGACUCUGCCUUGUGUUCCAGCUCCAACCAGGUGAUGUGACUCGACCUUUGGUUCUCCAUUCAGUCCAACAGACCUCCUCCUUCUGAGAGUGCUGGUCUCAUCAGUGGACAUAGGAGGGCAGCAGAGCUUUUUGGUUGGACUAUAAUGGUCACUGAACAACUCAAUUCUCUCUUUUUUUUUUUUAUAGGGCUGUUCAUGACGCCUUCAUGCAUAAGGACUGAGUGUUUUAUGUGCUGCAGCAGAUUAAUCUGCUUUUCCUGAAAGCCAGGAUAUGACCGGGGUGGGAUUUCUCUCAAGUGUCUGAACACACAAAGUCUGCUACCUAUUGUUAACGAAGGGCUCCGUCUCCCAAAGGUUGAAGACAGUGCACAAUUUCUCGAGAAAUUUUUUUUCUGACUGAUUAAGCAAUAGAGCAGCCAUCCCAUCCAAGUCUUAAGAGUCGGCAGACUCAGAAAGGAUGUCGGUAAAACAAAAUAUUUCCCCCGGCUCAGUUUUUCAUUGCAUCCUUCUACAUCUGUGUAUGACUUCAUGUUAUAUGAGAUGGUCCUAAUUGGUGCUAACUUUGGUCAAACCAAGGUUUUAAAACUUAAACCAGGCAGCCCUGCAGCAUUUUCAAAGAUCAAAUUAAAAAUCCAUUUUAAAGCUGCUAUGACGAGCCUUUCACUGAUCAUCUAUCCGUCUCAGUUUAGUUCUGAUGCCUCUAUAUGAAUGACAAUCAGAUGGUACCAUCAGCAAGAAGAUCAGAUGUUGCUAUAUGUUUCCAAAUGCUUGUCUCCGGGCGGGAUUCCUCACGAAAUCUGACUAAACGAUUUACGGCACACACACGGGAUACUUAAAGACACAUCCUCUCAUCGCUGAAUGUCUAUCGCACACCUAUUUUUACAAAAUGGCGCUACAUCGCUCUCUUCUCUUUAAAACAAGUGCACUAGCUGACAUGUAGAAUUUAAAAGUGGAUCUUAGCACAAUGAAGUUCUCCAAUGAAACACUACCGCAUCUGUCAAUACAUCAGCAUCAUCAGGUCGAGCGUCCUCAGAUGGAUUCUGUCUGCGUCUGUCACGACAACGUCACAAAAUAGUCAACAAAAUGGUCGGGCAUCCCUACAGACAUGUCUGUGGGUGGGAAGCUGGAUGUGGGCAUGUGUCCUGGUUGCUGCACUAGUGGCUCUUCUGGUCGGUCGGGUUGCCUGUUCGGAGGGGGAGGGGGAACUAGGGGGAAUAGCGUGAUCCUGCCAUGCACUACGUCCCCCUGGUGAAACUCCUCACUGUCAGGUGAAAAGAAGCGGCUGGUGACUCCACGUGUAUCGGAGGAGGCAUGUGGUAGUCUGCAGCCCUCCCCGGAUCGGCAGAGGGGGUGGAGCAGCGACCAGGACGGCUCAGAGAGCGGGGUGAUUGGUACAAUUUGGGAAAAAAGGGGGGGAACAUUAAAUCCACAACUCCUUGUAAUAGCUUGAAAUGGUUUUCAAUGCUCAGACAAAUUAUCACUGCAGUCUUGUCUUACGGUGGAAGUGGCAAAUUCAUUGUAAAAUACUGGGAUGGUUUUGGCUCCAUCUCCCUCAUGGGGGGUGGAUGUGGAGAGGGUCAUGUUGAAGAUCCUCCUCCCUCUGCACUGAACACCUCGGCCCAUCAGAUCCGCACAGAAAUAACACAUGGCCUGCAAAACACAAAGGUGCCUAUUUGUGUGUCAUUACUGCUCGAGGCCGCUGUAUAGCUGUAUAUUGGACCUACGACUCCCGAGGUUUGAUCCUGGGGUUUUCUCUGUUCCGGGUAUACCCGAUUCAAAUCUCUUGGCGGCCUUUUUGAGGCCAAUACCCUCUCACUCGGUAUAUUUCCAAUGGCGCACACAAUGAGUGCUGGAUGGCUUGCCAUGUAGACCUACAGGCUAGAUGGAUAUCAGGACGGAGCUCCUAAAUGUUACAGUAGCACCCAUCACAGAGGUUUUUUUUUUGUGUCUGCUAAGUGCCUUACUGAUAAAAUUGAUUUUU